AAUUUGCUGGUUUCCUUUCUCCCUCUUGUCUGCGCUCUCUCUGUCUCUCUCUCUCUCCCUUAUCUGUGCCUGAAAUUGCUCUAAUUCAGCAAACUUCAAAGCAAUUAGGCCAAUUUAGGGCAAAUUUCUCAUAGAAAUCGCUAAGCCAAAACCCUAAGUGCAGCAAGCAGAAGCCAGCUGAAGCAUUAGAGAAUGACGCAGAAGGCUGCGCUUUUUAAAGGCCAAAAGAAGAAGAAAUCAAUCCCACCCAAUCGUCAUGGAAAAGUUGCUCAUACUCGCAAAGGGAAGAGAUUUGUGAAGCCAUCCAAGGUCACGAGGGAGAUGGAUACUGAUCGGGAGGUAAGCAAGUUCAUCAACCACUGCAAUGAGACUAAGGCUGCCACGGUUGCUCAGAAGGAUGGUGGUCAACUAAGUAUUAUUAAACCUCCAGCAGAGCCUACAGCUGGAGCAAAGAAAUAGACAUAGGAUAGUUGGGUUAACAGAAUAUUAUUUAUCUUGUGAUGAUGCUUAUUAUGAGAUCCUCUGAUGUGAAAUGGGAAAUCAAUUUUGAUUCUGUGGGUUUUCCCUUUCUUGAGAGUAUAUAUAGAAUUUAGUUUUUCCCUA